CCGGCUCCUCCCCGCCUGUGUAUCAACUCCGUGACGGGUCACGUUAUUGGAGGUCGGCAGUCUGUCGGUGUGGAAGCAGUGCGCUCCCUUCCGACGAGUCACUAUCCUGCCUGUACUUACCAUAAAAUAUUACUCAGAAGAGUUGACGGGAAAGCGAAACCAGACGAGAAAACCAGCGGGGACUCUUAUAAAAUCCCGGCUUUGAGCGUUGCGACCGACAGAAGGCUGUAAUCUCAAGCAGAGGAACCGGAAUCUCACCGCGGGCUGGAUGACAAGCUCCACGGUAUUAUAGGUGCACCGGAGUCUGCCGACGACAUGGAAGAUAAAUAGUUGUUUGGAUUCAGCUGAGGUCAUGGAAGCAAGCUGGAAAAACUGCUUCGAAGAGGAGCUUCUGUGUCCCAUCUGCCUGAAUGUUUUUGACGAACCCAUCCAGCUGCCAUGCAAGCACAACUUCUGCAACCAUGACUACGACCAGAAACCCACACUGGAGAAGAACUUCAAGCUUGCCAACAUAGUGAAGCGCUUCAAUGCUUUGAACACUGAGAAAGCCCCCACUGUGCUGCACUGUGUCCUCUGCAGACGAGGCCCCCCGCUGCCUGUGCGGAAGGUCUGUCUGCGCUGUAAGGAGCCCUGCUGCCAAACUCAUAUCCAGACGCACCUACAGCAGCCGUGUGCGGCGCCGGGACACCUGUUAGUUGAUGCUGAGGAGCUGAGCGCUUGGACCUGUCCCAGUCACGAGGAGUACAGGCUGCUCCACUGUGAGGAAGAGCAGGUGGCUCUGUGUCCGUUCUGCUGCAUCUCUCACUGCACUAACCAAAGACACACAGUCCGCGAUGUUGAUACGCAACGCAUACAAAUGCAGGGCAUGCUAAUGAGGCAGCAAGACAGACUGGAAGGUCGUGUUCAGAACAUCGAUGAGCAGCUCAACAAGCUGGAGUCAGACAAGACACUGAUGAAGGAUGCAGUGUCUGAACUGAAGGAGCGUGCACGAGUCCAGUAUCAGCGGAUGCAUGCGCUGCUAGAAGCAAACCAGGCUGAAACCAUGCAGAUGCUGGAGAGCACCUACAGCACGUAUGUGAGGAAGAACUCCCAGCAGGUGCUGCAGCUCAACGAGAGGCGCCAGGAAGCAGAAAAACUCCUGAGCUCAGUGCAAACGUUUUUCCGAAAAGCAGGCAGUUUGAACUUCAUGAAGAAUACAAAACCUUAUCAGCUGCUAAUGGACAGGUCAAACUCACAUCUGAGUAGCAUCAUCCCUCCGGUCAGAGUGGGCCAGCUCAACUCUCGUCAUUUGCUGGCUGACCUGUCAACAAGAGAGAAGAACUUGCGAAAAAUGCUGGAAGAACCGUUCAUUGAGGCGCCUCUUCUGGAGCUUGUGCAGUCUCACAGCAGCUCUGCUGGCUCCCAGCUGGGGACUAGUUCAGGAAUACAAAAGAGGAAAUACAGCAUGGCUUUCCUGGAGAGUAACACAGACACCUCCAACUCUCAGCAUCCUCCGCCUUUGCUCUACAGCAGCAAAAAACCCUUCCUGGCUGACCAGGGUCACCGGGCUUCAUCUGUAUAUUCCUCGCAAGUCCUUGCCCAGAAUCCUCACACUGGCCCCGGUCAUAGUCGCCUCCUUGACACUUCAGCCCAUCACAUGGUGGGUCUAGGGUCCAGCUCUAGCCACCACUCAGGAACCAUAUUCCCAUCCUCCCACUUCUCAAGUGGAAGUGCAUCACAACAAGCCGUGUAUGAAGGGAGAAAAGUACUGAUGUGUACUUUGAAUAAUUGCUGCUGCUCCAGGUCACCGGCUGCUUGUGCCCGGCCUCCGUACCCAGCGUCGGACUCCUUCCCCUCCAUGACCUCUCAGGAGUUUCCCCCACAUGCCCCUCUAUCUGCAAGUCAACCGCUGCAGCAUUUUCCCAUGAGGGGACUGAUGGAAACGUCACAGACAGCCAGACAUCCUGAACUCUAUGGGCUAUACGGCCAGUCUUCAACCAAGCACUAUGGGACCAAAUAAUAAACCUGAAUCAGCAUCCGUUCUGUUCUAUUAGAUCACGUUUGGCAUCAAGAAGUUCCGUGUUUGCUUUUUUUUUUUUUUUUUGCUCCUUUCCAUUUUGAUUCAGAGAUAUGACCUCAGAUUAUAUCUCCAGCACACCUUCAUUACUCUGACGUUUAUUUGAUACCAUUUUUGGGAGAACAUGCCCUGUUAACUCAUGUAGCUGAAUCAUGGUGGCAGUACUAAUGAUCUCAUUUGAAAGCAUUAUUUAUUUUGUGUUUCAGUUCAACUGGAAGUGCUAAUGUGAAUAAUGUAGUCUUAAAUCCAUUCAAACUUAAGAAAUGACAUAUCCUUCAGGGGUCCUGGCAUGGGACUCCAGAGACUCCAGUGCCUAAAGAGACUGUUAACACACUCUUAUUGUACUUGCAAUUUCCUAACUCUUGAUUAUUUCCUGUUUGCAGCUGAAAGCAUGCAGGGAGCCUCUCCAUGCACUCCAAAGUCCAUGUGGCUUUAGAAAAACACUGGACUGCAAAUGUUUUUUUGGUUUGGUUGUUUGUUUGUUUUUUCAGAUUCAGUUUUUUUUCUUUUAUAGAAGAUUAUGAAUAAACCAAAAUCUUUGGAAUAAAUAAACAAGCAUAUUAAAUGACUUUUCGUUGUAUUUUCAGCACUGGUUUACAGAUUUUAACGUAACCCUCUGGGUAUGCUGGUGUGCACUUUAAACCAGGUGACACGUUGGUUAUUUUAAACAUCGUGCCUGAUUAUCGUUUGAGGACUGUUUGUACUGAGAAGCAAAUUGUGUGAUUUGUUUGGGUAAAGAGGUUUUACAGGGUGACUCACUGGGUUACAGAUGAAAAAAAAAAAAAAAAGGCAGUACAUCCGACCGUGCGACUGACCAGCAAGGCUUGUAAAAUGGAAAGAGAGAAAAAAGACACAAAGGCCACAUGUUUGAGAUCUACUGCAUUCACAGCAGAGCACAGCGGAGGAGGUUACAGAGUGGCUCACAGCAGACCCAUUAUCUGCCAAUUUAGGACAGUUCACUUCCUUGUCAACAUCCUGGUCUCUGGCGAAAAUCUCUGUGCCAUCCCUCUUUGUCUCGUUAUUGGAGCUGGUUGUCAAGUUAGGUCAGAGAACAGGAAUAACUGAUGAGCAGCACCCCUCUCCCCUCUCCUCUCUGCCUUCCUCUAUCAUUUUCCAGGGCUCGAUGCAGAGGAGGAGGAGAGGAAGGUUAGAGCAGAGAAUGAUAUAAGCGCAGAGUUUUAAUGAGGAUCUACUUAUCUGUCACUCAUACUCCUUUCAUUGUUCCCCUCCCCCUCAGAGAGAUAGUGAGAUAGCAGGAAUGAGCUGGGGGGCAAAGUCAGGGGGUGAGAGGGAGGAGAGGGGAAUGGAAUAAACGGUAAGGCACAUCACUUAUUUAUGGGUUGUAAAUUCCUGCUCCCUCCUCUAGUCCAGUCUGCUUUUAGUUUAGUUUAGUUUUUCUAUAAAAUUUCUUUCACUUCCAUGAUAACUUGUCCCCUUUUAGCAGCAAAUACACAAGGGAGAGGAGCAGGAGGACCUGAGAUUAGUUACAGUGUGGCAAUCUGACAAUGUGUAUGUGUUUGUGUGUAAGCCAAUUAGCAUUCCCCUUGCUCCCUGUCCCUUCUCUGUAUGUGUGUUAUUAAUAAAACAUACAGCAG